GUGCCCGACCCGGCAUCUCGCAUUUGUUUCCCGAAUCAGCGUCUUUGUGCGCUCUGCGGGCGGAUGAUAUAAUAUCUAUCUGACCCAAACUCUCGGCGCUGGCGUAUCGCGGUGCAGCUCCUGUUUACGUCUUACGCUUCUCCCCUCCACGUCCCGGAUUCCGAGCCUCGCUUCCGCCAUCCCGCCGGCACGCAGUCAGCCCCUGUGGCCCCCUUCCGGCCAUCUAGACCGCUCCUCCAACGCACGUGCAGCGCCGAGUUCGAGGCUGUAUCAACACCGCGUUCGGCAUGAGUUUCGAUCCCAAAACGGAUAUUCCCAAUCUCCAGGGGAAGGUUAUCUUGGUGACUGGCGGCACCGCCGGCGUCGGCGCGCGGUCAGUCGUGCAGCUUGCCCAGAGAAACCCAGCGCACAUCUACUUCACCGGACGGAACACCAAAAGCGCGGAUGCCGUUCUCAAGGAGGCUGCCGCAACGGGCAGCAAAACCCAGCUCCAAUUCCUGCCGUGCGAUCUGACGAGUCUAGCCUCGGUCAAGGCCGCCGCGGAGACGGUGCUGGCCGAGCAGGCGCGGCUUGACGUGGUGCUCGCCAACGCUGGCAUCAUGAACAAGCCCCCCACGUUGACCCAGGAUGGCUACGAGCUGCAAUUUGGCGUCAACUACCUGGGCCACGCUCUGCUGAUCCGCAAGCUGCUGCCGCUGCUGGAGCGGACGGCGGCCGAGCCCGGGGCCGACGUACGCGUCGUCGUGCUGACCAGCACGGGCUUCCGCGGCGCCCCCAACGGCGGCAUCCAGUUCGACCGCGUCAAGACGGUGCAGGAAUUUCCCGUCAUCGGCGGCAUGAUCCGCUACGGCCAGAGCAAGCUGGCCGACGUGCUGCUGGCGCGCGAGCUAGCCCGCCGCUACCCGGCCAUCCUCAGUGUCAGCGUGACCCCAGGCAUCGUCGGCACCGAUCUUGUCAACAACCUGAGCCUCUUCCACCGCAGCGUCGCCAAGCUGUCCGCCUACCUGGGCCAGGGCGGCCUCAUCAAGCCCGAGGACGGCGCCAAGAGCCAGCUGUGGUGCGUCGGCGCCCCGAGGAGCAAGAUCAAGUCGGGCGAGUUCUACGAACCCAUCGGCGUCCUGUCCAAGAUCUCGACCAAGUAUUCAGCAGAUAUGGGCCUCGCCAAGCGCCUGUGGGAAUGGACCGACACCGAGUUGGAGAAGUGGAUGUAAUCAGUCGACCGAGGACGAUUAGUACUAGUACUUAGUAGUUACUUUAAGGGUUAUCAUUGUCGUCGGAUUACUAGUAGCGAAUACCAGAAUCUUGAUUUCAC